GCUUGCGCAGCACCCAACUCGAGCCCAUCAUAUCCGGCCACCCAAACUCCGUCAUAGGAGCUUGAGGAUCUUAUUCCACAUGCCUCUCAACCUCUGUCAGUGAACAGGAAGCUGCCAUUUCGAGGCAGAAUCACGACUCUCGGACAUUAGUCCGUGGCCAGACUAUAUCUCUUUUCCCUUUUCGUUAUUUUUCCCCCCCUUCCUCUCUUAAAUCUAGAAGCUUGGAUUCUCGGCCACGUUGCUCCCUCCAACCGUCAUCGAGCCCCGAGACCUUCAACGCCCCGAAACAGAGGCCCGAGCCCUCAACACGCCGCCGAACAUGAGGCGCUGGGCCAGUUCACUCCUUUUGCUGCUCUUGUCGCUCUGGACAGCGGCAGCAUUGGAGAUCAAGCUAGACCAGACAGACAAUCAACGAUGCGCCGGAAUGUAUAGCAAAAGCUCGUGGGGAGGCCCUGUCGAUCCCUACAUCCACGUCAAGUUUACCGGCGUCGGCAAAGACCAGGGCGACGACCCCAUGGUCAGCCUGCUCAUCUUCGACUGGAAGGACCAAGACUUCCUCAACGUGCUGCCGGACGGCGAGGAUAGGGCGGCCAUCUGCCAGCCCGAGUACGUCGAAGCCGGGUUAUGCAACGAGACCGACAUUGGCAAGUUCCUCGUCUCGCCUAAUGCCACCGACCAGUCGGUCAACGUCAUCUUGACCAAGGCUGUCCACCUCAAGGACUCGGCUCCGAUCAAGUAUCCCAUCACCAAGACGGGCUACUUCUGUGUCGUCACCGAGAAGUUUGGCGCGACCACCUACGAGGCCAUCGUCGAGUUCCGCAACGCCUAUGGCGAGCUCCCGGCGACCCAGAUCCCGAAGCUGCCGUUUUAUGGGGGGAUCACGAUCGCAUACGCCCUGGUGCUAGUGUACGUGCGACGGACAGCGGGACCAGGACACGGGCUGACGACUCGCAGGUUCUGGGGCUUCUUGUACUUCCAACACAGGUCCGACAUAUUGGCCGUCCAAAAUUACAUCACCGCCAUUCUUAUCUUCUUAGUGGUCGAGAUGCUCAUGACCUGGGGGUUUUAUGACUAUCUCAACCGCCACGGAUCCAACGUCGGCUCCCAGGUGCUGCUCGUUGUUGUCGCCAUCCUCAACGCAGCCCGUAAUUCCUUCUCGUUCUUCCUCCUCCUGAUCGUCUGCAUGGGCUACGGCGUCGUCAAGCACACUCUCGGCCGCACCAUGAUCUACGUCCGGUGGCUCGCCAUCGCCCACUUUGUCUUCGGCAUCGUAUACGCUAUCACCAGCCUGGUGGUUAACCCUGACACCGCAGGACCCUUGGUGCUGCUCGUCGUGCUCCCGCUCGCGGGCACGCUCACGGCUUUCUAUGUCUGGACGCUCAACUCGCUCAACUGGACCCUCAAGGACCUGCGCGAGCGCAAGCAGCACGUCAAGGAGACCAUGUACCGCAAGUUGUGGUGGUGCAUCCUCAUCUCCAUCAUCGUCAUCUUCGCCUUCUUCUUCUUCAAUUCCUUCUCCUUCGCCUCGGCCAGCGACCCGGACUACGUCCCCUUCCACUGGAAGACCCGCUGGUUCGUGCUCGACGGCUGGCUCAACCUGGUCUACUUUGCCGACGUGGCCUUCAUCGCGUACGUCUGGCGCCCGACGGCGAAUAACCGGCGCUUCGCCAUGAGCGACGAGAUCGCCCAGGAGGACGACGGCACGUUCGAGAUUGCCAACCUGGACAUUGGCAACCCCGACGAGUCGGAUGACGAAGACGAGGAGGCCAAGAUCGGGAGUGGGAAACAGCAGGGACAAAACGGGGGUCAGGCCCAAAGCUCCGCGGCUGGUGGGCAGGCGCAGCAAUCCGCCCAGCAACAACAACAACGGUCUUCGCAACCGUCUGGGGCGGCCUCGUCGGCGGCAAGGAAACCGUCCCAGCCGGUGUCGAGGGAGUCGCUGGAUGGCGAGACCAUCUUUGCCGUAGGCGAGGAUGGCAAGUUCUCCGAUGAGGAGGACGACGACAACGAAGAGGAGUCCGGGCAGUUGGUCAAGGGGAGGAAGUGAAAAAAAAAAGGGGGGGGGGGGUGUGAGCUAUUUCACGAGUGAGGGGUCCUUGAGAGGUUUAUGCGACACGGGCAUUUUGAAGAAUGCAGGAUUCGAAUGUACUAUAAUUCGUGGUGACUGGCGUUGUCGGGCGGAUCUUCUCGGUUUCUGUUUCUCGCAUCGCGAUUUUCCCAGGGCUAUUAUUAUGGUAAUAGAAAUGUUGACGACGCGGUGGCCUGUAUCAGAUGAUAUUCAGACAAUUAUCAAGCCUCUGCAGAUUGUGGACCGAGGCUAACUACAGGUGAGUCCAGGUUAUUUCCCACACUUUGGUUCUUCCUCCUGGUCUCGUCCUCUCUCCAUCCAACGCUGCCCGCCUGGUUUUCAACUCGCAUGGAU